UUGGCAGUCCAGCGACCUCUGACCUCGCUCAUCUCCAGCCGCAGCUUCCAAACCAGCACCAUUUCAAGGGACAUGGACACAGCUGCCAAGUUCGUUGUAGCUGGGGCUGUCAGCUACGCCAGGAACCUUUCUCUGAAGCAACAGCUGUUCUACGCGAUUCUGGGCUUUGCCCUCUCAGCAGCCAUGAGGCUCUUUUGCCUAACCGUGGCCUUGCUCAUCCUCUUCGCCACAUGA